GAUACAUCAUGUGUGAAUGAAUAGAUUCACCGAGGGAUUUACGAAUUGAAAUUCGACACUAUAAUUGAAAAAUGUUUCCUUCUUGAUAGGCGAAUAGGUUUAGUGUGUAGAAACACGGAUGAAAAUUCACUGGCACAGUAUUUGGCUGUUGUACAACAAUCCGAUUAACAAGAGUUUUUUUUCACCUACUUGAAUCCAUACGACGUUACCUAGUAGCUCGGUGGUUUCUUUCCUUAAUCAGUGCUAUAAUUGGAAUGAUGUUUGUGUUUGAUAAAUAUCGUUCUUUUGUCUUAUCAACCUGAUAUUCCCAAUUUGCUUGGUAUUAUAGUAAAAGGGGUCUAAUGUGCAAGGAAAAAAUCGCUUCUGUCGUGACCUAUUCGUUUAAUAUGAAUCUGUGAAAAUGAAGUGAGGUUUCCAGUGUUAUUGUGUACCUCUACUUGGAUAUCACAUGAUGUACAGUAUUGUGGAAAACGAUGAUGGUACCUUUGAUCUUAUCGAAGCUAAUAACGUCGGCCGAGUGCAGUAUGGUUUUAGAUUCCAGAACCGUAGUCCUGAAAGAACCAACAUGACGCAACGGGAUGAGGUGCAAAAGUUCGAGCAGGGCCGUAUCAAGUUCCUGCAGGAGGAACGUCUUCACAUACAGAAGAAGACGUUCACGAAAUGGAUGAACUGUUUUCUGCAGAAGGCUCGCAUGGAAGUGAACGACCUGUUCGUAGAUCUAGGGGAUGGAAAGAAACUACUGAAGCUACUAGAAAUAAUAUCGGGGGAAAAAUUAGGAAAGCCCAACAAUGGACGAAUGCGAGUACACAAAAUCGAGAACGUCAACAAGAGUUUGGCGUUCUUGCACACAAAAGUUAGGUUAGAAAGUAUAGGUGCCGAGGAUAUCGUUGACGGUAAUCCCAGGCUGAUCCUGGGGUUGGUCUGGACCAUAAUCCUCAGGUUCCAGAUCCAGGAAAUAGAGAUAGACGUGGAUGAGGACAAUGAAAGUUCGGAAAAGAAAUCAGCCAAAGAUGCCCUCCUUCUGUGGGCCCAAAGAAAAACGCACGGAUAUCCCGGCGUCAACAUCAAUGACUUUUCUUCUUCGUGGAGAAGUGGUCUUGGUUUCAACGCCCUCAUACACAACCACAGGCCGGACCUUUUCGACUACAAUUCGCUGGUGCAAAAUAAAAAUAUAGACAAUCUAAAUCACGCCUUCGACGUGGCCAACAACGAGCUGGGAAUACCGAGGCUUUUGGACGCUGAGGACAUCGACACGUCUAGGCCAGAUGAGAAGAGUAUAAUGACUUAUGUCGCUUCCUACUAUCACACCUUCGCCAGGAUGAAGAAUGAGGAGAAGAGUGGUAGGAGAAUAGCAAAGAUAAUAAACCAAAUGGUAGACUCGGACAAAAACAAAGUGCGCUACGAAAAGAUGACCACAGACCUUCUCGAAUGGAUACACGAUAAAAUCACGCAGUUGGAGAACAGAGAUUUUCCGAACUCCCUGGAAGGCAUCCAGGUGCUUCUACUCGCCUUCGGAAGGUACAGGACGCAGGAAAAACCCCCCAAAUAUAAAGAACGCAGCGAAAUCGAAGCCUUAUACUUCAACAUCAACACGCAGCUGAAGGAGUUGAGGCAGCCCAGCUACACGCCGCCUGAUGGAAAAUUGGUGCAGGAUAUCGAGAGGGCUUGGGAGACCCUUGAAACUUCCGAACACAACAGGGAGGUGGCGCUCAGGACAGAACUCCGAAGACAGGAAAGGUUAGAACAGCUCUGUUUCAAGUUCGAGAGGAAGGUCAUUCUAAGGGAGGGGUACCUGAAGGAGAUGAUACAGGUGCUCUCUGAGCCGAGGUACGGUUCGAAUUUAGGCCAAGUGGAUGCCACAAACAAAAAACACGAAGCAAUAAUAGCAGAUAUUAUGUCCAGAGAGAGUAGAAUACACGAUUUAACCCAAAUGUGCGACGAACUGAUCAGAGAGAAUUACAGAGAUUCAGAAAAAGUCAAAGCGAAACACCAAAAAAUAAACGAACAGUGGGACACCCUCAUGGCCUUGUUGGACAAACACAAGAAGAAUCUUAACAGAAUGGGACAGAUCAUGUCUUUGCUGAGAGAAAUAGACACCACGAUGGUAGGAAUGCAACAGUUGAAAUCUGAUCUGAGCACGGUGGACACAGGGGUUCACUUGAUAGCUGUAGAGGAGCUUCUGCAGCGACAUGCUCUGCAAGAACUGCAGCUGACAUCGUUUGGCGACAGUGUGAAGAAGCUACAACGAUUAGGGGACCAAGUACAAGUUGACAACGCGAAGGAAAAGGAACUUGUGAACAACAAACUGGACAGUCUUCAGGCAGCCUACAAGGAACUUCAAGAGGUUAGUGCUCAUCGUAAAGCUAUUUUGGACGAAGCAAGGAAUUUUUACCAAUUUCUACAAGAUCAAGGGGACGCUGAAGCGUGGCUCAUCGAGAAAGAAAGAAUCUGUCAGGCUGGUAUCACCGCCAAAGACUUGAGGGGAGUUUUAGCUCUACAGCAAAAGCAUAAAGUAUUGAUAGACGAAAUAAAAGCUAGGAAAACUAAAAUUGACCAACUAGGCUCCACAGGAAAACAGCUUUUGCUCCAAAAACAUCCGAGAUCUCCAGAAAUCCAACAACACAUGGACAAGAUGAAACAGGAGUGGGCCAAACUCGAGGAAUUGGUGGAUAAACGCUCGAAACAACUCCAAGACGCUGUGGAAACCUAUCAGUUUUACGCAGACGCUAACGAAGCAGACUCUUGGUUAAACGAAAAGACUUCCUUAGUUGUUUCAAGCGAUUAUGGAUCUGACGAACCAAGUGCUCAAGCGUUGCUGUCACGACAUAAGGACUUGGAAGGGGAAAUAAAUGCCUAUAGCGGAGAUGUCCAAAGUCUCAACACCCAAGCUGAAAGACUGAUUGCUUCUGGCAUAUCACACCUAGAUCUAACGUCUGAUAAUCAGCCAGAAGAGCCCGUUGAAGAAACAGUUUAUGAAACAAGAAUGGUACCGAUGGAAGUUUACGAAGAUGAACCGGUUGAAAGGGUCGAAUACAAGACUGUACUUGAGGAAAGAAAAGUACCACAAGUUCGUGCCUUAUACCCAUUCAACGACCACGGCCUCACUAUGGUCAAGGGCGAGGUUAUGUUUCUGUUAAAUAAGAGCAAUCCUGAUUGGUGGUGUGUGAGAAAAGCUGAUGGUACAGAUGGUUUCGCACCAGCUAAUUAUGUUGCUGAAAUCGAGCCCAGGAUAAUACAGAUACCACUGAAGAAAGCAGAGACUGUGAAGACGAUCCAAAGAGUGAAAAAAACGAAAAUGGUCAACCAAAAAGUACCAGUUAAAGUUUAUAGGCAAAGAAAACAACCAAAAAGCAAAGUGGAUGACAACGUCAGUGUUCCUAAGAGACAGAAGAGGAUAAACGAUACUUACGAUGACCUGAAGAAGAUGGCGGCCAGAAGACACGCUCUUCUUGAAGACUCCAUGAGACUGUUCAAGUUCUACAAAGAAUGUGAUGACUUCGAGAGAUGGAUGAAGGAUAAGGAGAAAUUUCUUGGCGAAGAACCUGAUGGUAACGUUGAACAAGCUAAGAGAAAAUACGAGAAAUUUGUGACCGACUUAUCAGCCAGCAGCAACCGUAUGGACGAGCUGGAAGAAGCCGUCAAAGAGUUUGAGAGCAUGAACCACUCCCAGAUUGACAAGGUGAAGGCGAGGUACCGUCAAAUACAAAGUUCCUGGAAAAGGCUCAACUUGCUCAAGACCCAAAAGGAAAGAAGCCUGGCUGGAGCUAGCAGCGUCGAGUUAUUCCAGAAACUGUGCGAAGAGGCUAAAGAUUGGAUGAUGGAAAAGAUGGAACAACUCAAAAUAGAUAUACUGGGUCAUGAUUUGAAAACCGUACAAGCGCUUCAGAGGAAACACGACAACUUGGAGCGAGAAUUGAAUCCUUUGGAGGAUAAAGUCAGUAAGGUCAUCCUGUUGGCGAACUCGGUUAAAACGUCGUAUCCUAGUGAAAAAGGCAACGUUAUGGAGAAGCAAAAGGAGAUAGAGGAACUGUGGCAGAAGGUCAAAGACAAAGCGUUGGAAAGAAGAGCGCGGUUGGAAGAUGCUGUUGGGCUGCAAAUUUUCGAUAACAGCUGUAAAGAUCUACUGAAUUGGGUUAUCGAUGUUAAAAAUGAAAUCAAUGCGGAGAACACGGUCAGAGACGUUCAAACUGCUGAAAACUUAUUGAAACAUCAUAAGGACUUGGAGAAGGAGAUUUUAUCCAAAAACGAUGAAUUCAAACAGCUGGCCAACUUGGGGAGAAAACUUUGUAAAUCCCAUGAAAACAAACAGGAUAUCGAGGGUAAGGUACAGAGACUUGAGGAAGAACAAGCUGCUCUAAUGCGAGGUUGGAAGGAGAAGUUGCACUGGAUCGAACAGUGUUUGCAGUUGCAGAACUUCAACAAGGAGGCUGAUAAUAUCGACGCUGCAACAUCUGCUCACUUCAACUUCUUAGAAUAUCCAGACCAUGGGAGCUCUUUGGACGAGGUUGAAGCCUUGCAAAAGCAACAUAGAGCUUUUACUAAUACUUUAUUCGCUCAAGAUGAUCGCAUUAAUGCUUUUAACAAAAGAGCGGAUCUAUUGAUCGCAGAUCAACAUUACGAGAGCUCAGCAAUUGACGAGAAACGAAACCAUGUUUUGGAUCGAAGAAGUGCAGUCAAAGAGCUCAGUCAGCAGAAAUGGAAGAAGUUAGAGGCUUGUAAAAAUUACCAAGAAUUUUGUGCAGAAGUUGACGACUUGAGGGCUUGGAUGGCCGACAAGUCGAAGACUGCGUCAGAUGAGAGCUACAGAGAUCUUGCCAAUCUUGAGCGCAAACUGCAGAAACAUGAGGCUUUCGAGAGGGAAUUGAGAGCCAAUGAGGGUCAAUUGAGAACAGUCAACAAUUUAGGUCAAGCUCUUAUAUCUGAGAACAGUAUCUGGAAAGAUGAAGUAGCUAGAACUCUCAGCGAGCUUAACAGCGAAUGGCAAGACCUGGUUGGGCUUUCUUUGAAGAAAGGACGGUGUUUGAGGCAGGCCGUCAAUCAACACGCCUACAAUUCAGCCGUGGACGACGUUAAGACAAAACUGGACGAGAUAGAAGAUCAUUUGAACAGCCAGAAUUUGGGAAAUGACUUGAGAUCUUGCAAGGAUCUUUUGAGGCGUCACGAGGAUCUAGUUACCGAACUAGGUCAGUGCGCCAAUAGAGUCGACGAUUUGGUGAAACAAAGUGGCGAAAUGAAUGAAGACGGCCAUUUUGAUUCCGCCACGAUAGGGAACAAGGCCGUAGCCCUUCAAAAACGUUUGUACGAUCUGGAUAAGCCCGCCAAGCAACGAAGAGCUAAACUAGAGAAAUCCCUGCAGUAUUACAAGUUUUGGUUCGACUUAGAUACCCAGCUCCAAUGGAUUAAGGAUCAUCUGCCCCUGGCCUCCUCAGAUGCUUUGGGACAGAACCUACAUCAAGCUCAGAACCUUUACAAGAAACACAAGAAGUUGGAGGCAGAAAUUCAAGGGCAUCAACCUGACAUCGAUAAGACGUUAGGGAUUGGGAAAGAAUUGAUCGAGCAAGAACAUCCAGAAAAAAUUCAAAUUGAAAAGCUGAGUAAUGAUCUAAUCUUCGCCUGGAAUGACUUGAACCAAAAGGCUGCACUAAGAGCCCAAAAUCUAGAACAGUCUUUGAAGGCUCAACAAUUCUUUUUCGAAGCGAGCGAAGUGGAAGCUUGGCUGAACGAGAAAUCAGACGUUUUAGCUAGUACAGAUUAUGGAAGGGAUAGAGAUUCAGCAACGAAACUCUUGACUAAGCACAAGGUUUUACAAUUAGAAUUAGAUACUUACAAGAAUAUCAUAGCUGAGAUGGGACGAGGUGUUCAAGAGUUGACCAAAACCAACCAUCCAGAAUCUAAGACCAUUAUAGAAAGGCAGUCGAGUUUAGAACACCUUGUCAGAUCUCUACAGAGAAAAGCAGCUUUACGGCAACAUCGCCUUAUGGAAUCUUUGUUUAGACACGAGUACUUUUCAGAGUCCGAAGAACUGGAAGAUUGGAUUCUGGAUAACUUGCAACAAGCAUCUUCCGAGGAUUACGGCCAAGACUACGAACACUUGAUUAUAUUGAGAAAUAAAUUCGACGACUUCAAACUCCGCAUAGAAUCUGGAGCGGAGAGAUUCAAACAGUGCGAAGCUUUAGCACAGAAGCUCAUAGCUAAUCAAAGUUCCUACAUAAAUGAAAUCAAUACUAAACAGGAGCAGUUAGACACUGAAACUCCCUCUGAAAUUUAUGACGAGGUGAUGGAAAGGCAUGAAUUAGUGAGCAAAGCAUGGGAGAAACUUCACGAACAGAUAAACAACCGCGAGGUUCGCCUGCAAGCCGCUGGAGAGAUCCACCGUUUCCAUAGAGAUGUCGCAGAUGCUCUCCAACGUAUCCAAGAGAAGAACGCCUCCUUAGGUACAGAGCUUGGCCGGGACCUCAAUUCUGCCCUUGCCCUGUUGAGGAAGCAUGAAAAGUUCGAGAACGAACUCGUGGCUCUUGAGGCGCAGCUUCAAAUCUUGGUCGAGGACGCUUCAAGACUCCAAAAGGUGUAUCCAAGCAAUAAGCCUAACAUCCAGCAGAAACAGGAACUUGUGGUGGACGCUUGGAACAAACUGAAGCAAAGGGAUGAUGCCAGACACGAUCAACUGCAAGCUAGCGUUGACCUCCAAAGAUUCUUCAAACAAGUCAGGGAUUUGACCAACUGGGCUAUUGGCUUGCGUCUGGCUAUGUCAGCCGAAGAAAAGGCACGUAGCAUCGCCAGGGCUCAAGUGUUGAAGAGCGAACACGAUGCUCUCAAGAGCGAGAUAGAAGCGAGGGAAAGGAGUUUCCAUGAAGUUGCAGAGAACCUAACGGCAAUGGAACAAACAGGUCACUACGCAGCUGCUGAGGCAGUAGAAAAGUACAAGAAUCUUGUAGAGGAGCGUCAAAAGCUACACAACGCUUGGCAGUUGAAGAAAGUCUAUUUGGAUCAACUAUACGACCUUCAUCUCUUCUUCCGGGAGGCUAAACUCAUUGAAGAUGCUACUAACGCUCAAGAAGCUGCUUUAGGUAAUCUAGAUCUUGGGGAAGCAGUGGAAGAAGUUGCAAACCAGCUGAAAAAACAUGAGGAGUUCGAAAAAGUGAUAUACCAUCAGGAUGAGAAACUGGACAUUCUCAAUCAGUCCGGACACAAACUUCUAUCCCAAAAUCAUUUUGAUUCACCUUCAAUAUCGGCGAAGUUGGGCGAAAUUCAGGAUAAGAGAAGAAGGGUUCACCAACUAUGCUUGGAGAGGAAAAUACUACUCGAUAACGCCCUUCUUUACGCUGAAUUCAACAGGGAUAUAACAGAGAUCCGAAUGUGGAUAACCGAGAAGCAGAAAAAGAUGGAAUCGCAAAUAAAAACAGGCGAUGUUCAUAGCUUGGAAGAUAAAAUCAAAAUGCUGCAGAAGCACCAAGCCUUACAGGCUGAAGUAGCGGCAAAUGUAGUCAGGAUAGUGGAAAUCAAGCACAAAGGAGAAAAAUUACUGAAUUUGAAGCAUUCAUCUUCUAACGACAUCAAAAUGAAACUGAAAGAUUUCCAGGAAUCCUGGAACGACCUAUUGAGGGAAGUGCAAUUCCGCGGGAAAGGUUUAGAGGAAGCUCAAGACAUUUUGGAGUUCAACAAUCACUUGGAUAAGAUAGAAACCUGGAUAAGGGAUAAGGAAGUUAUGGUUCAAGCUGGGGAUACUGGCAGAGAUUACGAACAUUGCCAGGCUCUGCAACGUAAAUUGGACGACGUCAACAGUGACAUGAGGGUUGACGAUUCCAAGGUUGAACUUAUAUAUUCUCUAGCCAAUAAGCUUGAGAAACAAGGCCAUAAAGGAGUUCAAGAAAGGAAGAACCACUUCAUCAAAAAAUGGCAAGGCUUGCAAGGUGCCCUUAUGGAUUACAGAAACAAACUUGCAGGAGCCGCAGAAAUCCAUCUUUUCAACAGGGAUGUCAUGGAUACGGUGGAUAGAAUCGACGAAAAAUGCAAGGCUUUACAGACUGAAGAAGUGGGUCGCGACUUAGCUUCCGUUCAAGCUCUGCAGAGAAAACAGGAAGCUCUGGAAACUGAGCUGAAAGCUGUGGAGAAAAAGAUUGAAGAACAUGCUACAAACGCAAUAUUGUUAAGUGACAAAUAUUACGACGCAAUCGAUGGAAUCCAGGAAAGAAUGGACACCUUGCAUAAACACUGGACCGAACUCUUGGAAGCUAACAGCAGAAGAAAAGAAACUCUGCACAAAUCGUACUCCUCACAGAAGUUCUUAUCAGAAGUGAAGGAUCUGGAAGUUUGGGCUAACGAUAUCAUUCAUCGCAUGGAAGCUAGACAAAAACCGGAAAACAUAGCCGAAGCUGAAACUCAAAUAGAGUUCCACAAUGAACUCAAAGCCGAAAUCAAUGGAAGGAACGAGGUCUUCAACAAACUCAUAGAUUUGGGCGAAAAAUCCAAAGAACCAGAAAUCAGAGGAGAAACGGAAAAACUGAAAGAAACCCAGCAGAUGGUGUUCAAAGCGUGGAAUCAACAUAAACGAGAAAUAACCUACGACUACGAUCUCCAGGACUUCAAGGACCAGAUAAACCAAAUCAAGAAUUGGUUGGCUAGCAAGGAGGCUUUCUUGAACAACGAUGACGUGGGCGAUACACCAAGUGCAGUCGAAGCUUUGAUCAGGAAACAUCAGGAUUUUACAAAGAUGCUCGAACAACAGUUGGUGAGAGUGGAUGAUCUGGAAGCCGUAUCCAAGAAAUUAACAGAUCAAGAAGGGGACCAGAAGAACUACGAAGUAUCUAGAAGGAUGAACGCAAUCUUAGAGAGGAAAAAUAAACUUUUAAAAUCGACCGAAGCCAGAAGAAUCAAACUGGAGGAAUCCAGAGCCUUACAGAAAUUCCUGAAGAACGUUUGUAGCGUGGAAAUCUGGUUGAACCAAAAACUGCAGAUCGCAGCUGACGAGAGUUAUAGGGAACCACAUAAUCUCCAGAGUAAAAUCCAAAAGCAUUCCACAUUUGAAGCCGAGGUUAUGGCUAGCGACGAGAGAGUACAAAGCGUUAUAGACGAAGGACAAGAGUUGAUACAUGCUGAACAUUAUGCCAAAGAAGAAAUAGCUUUAAGACUGGAAGAGAUAGAGGAAGAUUGGAAGAGGCUGUUGGAUCUCACACAGAUCAAAAGAGAAAAGCUUCACGAAGCUUAUCAAGCGUUAUUGUUCAUAAGAUCUAUCGAGGAGUUUGAAGUUUGGCUCAGCGAAGUCGAGGCACAGAUUAGGUCGAAUGACAUAGGCAACGAUUUGGCUUCAGUUAAUAACAUUCUGAAACGUCAUCUAGCUUUAGAGAACGACUACCAACAACACUUAGAAAACUGUGAGAGUAUCAAUGAAAUGGCGGAGCAAUUCUCGAAGAGUAACAAUUUCAUGAGAGAAGAAAUCGAAGAAAGAGCCCAGCAUGCCAUUACAAGAUUCCACCAGUUGAGGUCCCCUCUACAGGCUAAAAAAGAUCUAGCCGAAUCCUGCUUAAUGCUGCAGCAGUUCACCAGCGAAAUAGACGAGGAGUUGCAAUGGUUGAGUGACCGAGAACCUUUGGCUGCAUCAUUGGACCUUGGUAACAGUUUGACUGCCGUUCAGAGCCUUCAAAAGAAACACCAGUCGUUGGAGGUUGAGUUGAAUUCCAGAGAACACAUCGUGAAAAGUCUGGUUGAUAGGGCAGCCAACAUGACGAGGUCUGGUCAUGAAUUUUCCGAGGUGAUCAACGAAAAGGUGGAAGAAUUGAAAAGCAAAUUCGCAUCGGUCAGAGACAAUGCCAGUGUGAGGAGAUUGAGGUUGCAAGAUGCCCUGGAGGCACAAUUGUUCUAUGAAGAGAGUUCAGAGGCCGAGGCUUGGAUUCACGAUAGAUUACCAGCUCUAGCAACGAGUGAGGUUGGCAGAGAUGAGAUUACAACCCAAAUGUUGCAAAGGAAAUUGGAUAUUAUAGCCGCUGAAGUGAAGGCUUAUCAGGAGAACAUCGACAAACUGUCUCAGAGGUGUAGUGAUCUUAUGGAGAGGGAGCAUUAUGAUGUGGAAAACAUUAAAAAUCGGGAGGAACAAAUCACGCACGAGUUCCAAAAGCUACGGCAGCUAGUUGCGCAGCGCGAAGUGUCUCUAUCCGAAGCCCUCCAAUAUUUCGGCUUCCUGCAAGAAUGCACGGAACUGCAAGAAUGGAUCAAGGACCAGAUGACCAAGUCCGAUUCCGAAGAGUACGGAGUGGACGUGGAACACGUCGAGCUUCUAAUCCAGGCCUUCGACACUUUCCACGCCAGCAUAUUGAACAGCGAGGCGAGGCUUCAAUCCUGUCUAGUCAGCGGCAACGCCCUCAUCGAGGCUAAGUGCAGCUACAGCGCCAAGAUCCAGGAGAAGAUGUCCGAGGUUCAGGCGCAGUGGGAGGACCUUCUGGAGUUGGUGAACGUUCGGAAAGAAGCCCUGGCUGGGGCCAAGCAAGUGCAUAUGUUCGAUAGGACGGCGGAAGAGAUAAUAUCUUGGAUACACGAGAAGGAGGCUGAUUUAUCUUACAAUACUUACGGUCAGGAUCUGGAGAGCAUCCAGGAUUUACUGAGGAAACACCAGGCUUUCGAAAGCGAAAUGAGGGUAAUCAAGGAUAAGGUCGAUUUUAUCGAGCACGAAGCCAAAAAGUUGAUUGAAGAAUUCCCAGAUACCAAAGAACACAUUGAUGAUAAACGGGAAGAUACCGUCAAGGCUUACGAGUACUUGUUGGUGUGUGCCGAGAGAAGGAAAGACAAUUUGCAACAAGCCGAACAAUCCCAAGUUUAUAUCGAUCAAUACCAAGACUUAUUAGCCUGGAUAAACGAAAUGCUGGCCAGAGUCACAGCGCCGGAACUUCCUCAAGAAGUCUUGGAGGCUGAAUUGCUAGUGGAGAAACACAGCGAACUGAAGGUAGAAAUCGACGCCAAAGACAAGGAAAUGACGAAGUUCCACCAAACCGGCGAGGAAUACAUCAAGGAAAACCACUUCAUGGCUCAAGAUAUCGCGGAUAAGAUCGACAUACUGAAACAUCGCUUUUCGAUACUCCUGCAGACUUGGGAGAAGAGAAAGAUCAUCUACGAUCAGAACCUGGAUGCGCAACUCUUCAAGAGAGAAGCGGCCGUCUUGGAGAACUGGUUGAUAAUGCGGGAGGAUGCGCUCAAAGACGAGAAAUUGGGAGAGAGUAUUUUGCAGGUGGAGGACCUCAUCAGGAAACACUGCGACUUCGAAGAGACCAUAAAGGCGCAGGAGGAGAAAUUCGCGGCUCUCAAGAGGAAGACUAUGAUAGAAGAGGCUUUCGCGCAACAGCUCAGGCUAGAAGAACUGGCAAGGAAGGCCGAAAAGGAGCGUCUAGAACAAGAAAAGCUGGAUAUGCGCAAACGGCAGGAGAUGCAGAGGAUCGCAGAGUCCCGUAGGAUAGACGAAGGCCGCCCCACUCCUGUUAUUAACGUUAACGGUGUGCAGCAGAACGAUGUACCGUCUGCGAUCGAAGAAAAUAAGACCACGGGUACAUCCUUGAGGAAAACCAAUUCCGUCGCCCACCUGUUCGACAGGGAUAGGUUGAGAAAGAUAGACAGUUCGAUCAAAAGGGCCGAAAGCAUGAAGACUGCCACCAAUAAGCCGAUCAAAAGGACGCCAUCGUUCGCCACCCGCAGGAGAGGGUCCUUUAGAGCAAGGACAGGAAACGAUGCAGCUUUGCCGCCGGUCGAAGCAGAAAGUUUUCUGGAUCGAAAGCAGAUAUUGUCCCCCAAUGGCAAAAAAGCCACAAAUCGUACCUGGAAGAAUUCUUACACUGUUCUUUGCGGUCAGCUGAUGUGUUUCUUCAAAAACAAAGAGGAUUUCGCAGCGAGCAAGGCUUGUUGCCCGCCCAUAAAUAUCCACAACGCCAAAUGUUCGGUGGCUGAUGAUUAUCAGAAGAGGAAGAACACGUUUAGGUUGCAGGUUAACGACGGUUCCGAACUGUUGUUUUCUACGAAUUCCGAGGGAGAUAUGCUGGACUGGAUAAACAAAAUUGUGUUCAGAGCAAGAUUGCCCCCUAGUCAACAGUUGCUUAACUUCGAUAUCGUCAAGGAUAGCAAUGAGUACGAAAUGAGUUCACAGUCAAGUCGGACAUCAAGUCCAGAAGUGACCGAGUCCAUUGUUGAACUCAGAAACCCCAAUAUCCAAAACGGCAGCUCUUCAUCGAACUCAAGCAAUCGUCAUUCCUUUGACGAGUACAACACGCCGUCUAGACAGGAAUGGAACAAUUCGGCUAACAAUAGACCGAAUACCCUAUCAGGUGAGCCCCCAAAAGUAUCCCACCGGAUAUGGGAUCUUUUGUUGAAGAAGAAAAGACAUACAUCCCAAAUGUAAAUGCCAAGUCUUUAGUUUACGAUAAUAAUCGUAAGAUUAAACCUUUGAGUAUUAAGUUGUUAUGGUUAUGAAAUAUUGUUUAUAGUGUAGUUUUUUAUUGUAUAUAAUUGAUGGUUAUUAUAAAUUAUAGUGAACCAAAUUGGAGACUUCCAAAUCUUUAUGAGAAUUUAUAUUUGUAAUUGAUCAAUCGACAUUAAAAUUUGUAUUAAA